CCGGGCGAAGGGCUAGAGUCCACGAGCUACCGAUCGCAGGGACGGCAUCAAAUCUGUUUCCGCGCAUUCAUGCCCUUCUGGCCGGUUUCUCACGUUGUUCUUGCAGGGCCCAGCGGCUGCCAUGUACGCACAACGCGCGGGGUCCUUUCGCGCGAGCGACAUGCCUGGAAGUUCUUGGAGCUGCAUGCUGUUGCUGCUACGUUCUGUUGGCUCAUGAACAUCGCGCUGGUAAAAAGGGGAAAAGGUGAGGUGAAAACGAGGUGUGACUGGUCUGGUACUACACUGUUGUUACAGGGACGUUUCAGAAGGAAUAUUGCUACCGUACCAGGUAAGUUCAGGGGUUUCACAGGCAUGGCUGUAGUUUGUGUGAACAGCACACACGCACAGUGCCGUGUGUGUUACCAUUGUUGCCCAGUGUCCUAGCAAAAUCCUUGGACGGGCUACCCAUGCCUGAAUUUAUGGGGCGUGGAGCUCCACGGACGUUCAACAAGAAAUACCUGCUGCACACUGGCUGGCUGCUCAGUGUUAACUCCAUUAGCCCAUCGCACACCAUAGAGCUCGGUGAGCGGCCGGUGUCUCGCGCACCGCCGGCUCCAUUCGUCCGUUUAAGAGAGACCUGUACGUGAACUCCCUCUCUUCCAUCCAUCAGCUCUCUCCCACUCUGCUUCUGCUCUUUCAUCAGGCACUUGACGCUCGCAAGCUUGGUGCCUCGCACGACCAUGCCGAGGCUGCCGGGGGAUCGUUGCUCCCCCUCGCCGGCGGCGCUGGCUGCGCGGUGGUCCCUCGCGCUCCUGGCCGCCGUCCUCGGGGGCGGCGUCCCGCCGGCGGCGGCGCUCGGCUGCUACACGCGCAUCUUCAGCUUCGGCGACUCGCUGACGGACACGGGCAACUACGUCCGCCUGACGGCCACGAGCCACAGCCCCUACGGCGCGCCGCCCUACGGGCGGACGUUCUUCGGCCUCCCCACCGGCCGCGCCAGCGACGGCCGCCUCGUCAUCGACUUCAUCGCGGAGGAGUUCGGGCUGGCGAACGUGACGGCGAUCCAGACGGGCACGGCGCUGGCGGACUUCCGGAACGGCGCCAACUUCGCCAUCAUCUCGGCCACCGCCAACAACGGCACCUUCUUCGCGGGCAACGGCAUGAACAUCAACCCCUUCUCGCUCGACACGCAGAUGCUCUGGUUCCGGACCCACCUCGGCCAGCUCGAGCGGGCGGCGGCGGCGGCGGGGCAGCAGCAGAACGCCAGCUCCGGCGCGCUGCUGGGCGGCGCGCUGGUGGCGCUGGGCGAGAUCGGCGGGAACGACUACAACCUGGCCUUCUCGGGGGGCGUGCCGCGGGAGACGGUGCGCGGGUUCGUGCCGGCCGUGGUGGAGAAGCUGGCGGCGGCCGUCGAGGAGCUCGUCGGCAUGGGCGCGCGCACGUUCGUGGUGCCCGGGAACCUGCCCUUCGGCUGCACGCCGCUCUACCUGCGGCGGUUCGGAGGCGACGCCGGGUACUGGGACUACGACGCCUCAACGGGGUGCCUGGCCUGGUUCAACCGCUUCGCCGAGUACCACAACCAGGUGCUCACCGCGCGGCUGGACAGGCUCCGGCGCCGCCACCCGGGCGUCACCAUCGUCUACGCCGACUGGUACGGCGCCAUGAUGAGCAUCUUCCGGGGCCCCAGGGAGCAAGGGUUCACGAACGCCCUGCGGAGUUGCUGCGGGAACCAGACGGUGCCGUGCGGCAAGCCCGGGUGCCGCGUCUGCGACGACCCGUCGACGUACGGGUCCUGGGACGGCACGCACCCGACGGAGGCGGUGUACAAGGUGAUCGCCGACGGGGUGCUGCACGGGCCGUACGCGUCCCCGGUCCCUCUCGCCGAGACCUGCUGAAAGUCGAAUCAGCCUUCUGCCUCCGGAUGGCCCGCUGAUCCUUACUAGAUUCAUUCUUAUAUACAUGGUUAUAAGCUGUAGAGUGGUAACACAUCAGAGUUACGUACGUGUGUAGCUGCAAUGACGUUACAGACAACUUCGUCUCAGGCACAGGGUACAGUAAGGUUGACAGAUUUCACUAGAACAGAAGUGGUGCAGUUAGAAAUUGUGUGUGUAGUACAAAGGCUGAUGUGACCUGUGAGCGUUUGCGUCUGUAAUCUGUGAGUUUUGGAGGGGGGGAAGAUCCAUACGAUGCCCCAGAAACAUAGUGCCAAUAUAAACGUCCAGAGUGAAGUUA